AUGGCAACCACAAGGUUGUUACGUUCGUCCAAGCCUCUGCGUCAUGUUGGUCCUCCUAGCACAACUUCUUCACCAUUUACUAAGGUGAAAUGUGCAGGAAAGGCUACAGGAUUGAAUGGGGAGAAGAUGGUUUCUAGGGAUCAUGGUGAUCAUAAAAGGAAAUCCACAGUGGCUGUCAAAUCAUCCAAAGUUACUUCACAAGGUUCUUUGCUCACCGUAGAGCCACCAAGGGUUGAACGAGGAUUAAUAGAUUUGGCUUCUUUGCUUGCUGCUGUUAGUCAUUCUUUGCUUAAGGUGUUUAGGCGACCCGCUUUGAAACCAAAGCAAUGGAAAUUGCAGGUCCAGAUGUUCAUUGAGAAGGCUAUAGUUGAUUGUCGAUUCUUCACGUUAUUUGCUGUUAUGGGGUCCUUGGUUGGUUCAAUAUUGUGUUUCGUCGAGGGUUGCUUUCUUAUUUUGGAGUCAUAUUUUCAGUAUUUCAGCACAUUAUCUCAAAUCUCUGAUCAAGGACACAUGGUGCAGCUACUUAUAGAAGCCAUAGACAUGUUUCUGGUAGGAACUGCCAUGCUUAUUUUUGGAGUUGGGCUGUACGUUAUGUUUGUGGGAUCGAAGAAUCCAAAAGAUCAAGCGUUGUUGCUGCCAGAUUCAAACUUGUUUGGCCUCUUCUAUUUGAAGUCCCUCCCAACAUGGGUUGAAAUGCGGUCAGUUUCACAAGCAAAGUCUAAAAUUGGGCAUGCCAUUUUGAUGGUACUUCAAGUGGGAUUGUUGGAGAAAUUCAAGAAUAUACCUUUGGCAACUAGUUUGGAUCUUGCCUGUUUUGCUGGAGCAGUAAUGGUUUCCUCAGCUUGUAUAUUCCUACUCUCAAGACUCUCUCUUGGUGCUACGUAA